ACCUGCUUAACUUACCUUCGAUUUUUGCAUUCCCUACCGUCGGCGGCCUCCUUAUUUGGGUGAGGGGCCACGUGGUCGCGAUCGGCGGCAAUAACGCGUCUCGAUGUUGGCCGCGACGCGUCCUCGACCGCGCAUCCAUCUCCCGUCUCGACCUCCGCCUCGUCAUUUCCGCCCCAUGGCCCCCACAGAACGCGUCGUCUACCUCGAGGACCUCGACUCUCCCUCCAAGGCUGUGCAGCAGCCCUCGGAGAACGCCACUCCCGGCGCCGCACCCACAUCCACCGUCGCCGUCACCAAGGAUGUCUCGGACGACAAUGCCUCCUCCGCGAAGCGCCAGCGCACGCUCAUGGACAUGUUCUCGGGUGGCGCGCCCUCCGGCGGGGCACCUCCCAACAAGAAGAUCAAGAUCACCGCAGCGCGUUCCAUCUCCACCCACUCAUCCUCGUCUCUCAACGCACUAACGCCCCUCGACGCGAUCGAGUUCUCCGUAUCCCAGUUCCAGCAGUCGCUGUCAGAUGAAGAAAAAAAGCUGCUCGCGCUCGAGUGCGAGACCAUGGGGACCAGCUGGCUGAAGGUCCUCCACGACGAAAUCAGGAAGCCCUACUUCAUCGAGCUCAAAAGAUUCCUAUACGACGCCGGCGUCAAGGGCCCGAACGACAGCGCCCCCAACCUCAAAAUAUACCCCGCCCCGAAAAACAUCUACGCCUGGUCCAAACUUACCCCCCUCGGACGCGUCAAAGUCGUUAUUAUCGGCCAAGAUCCGUACCACGGCCCCGGGCAGGCCCACGGGCUGUGCUUCUCCGUCCCUCCUGGCGUCCCCGUCCCUCCGUCCUUGCGUAACAUCUAUGCAGAAAUCAAGCAAGAGUAUCCACAGUUCGAGCCGCCGAAGCACGGGAACCUCACAGGCUGGGCGGCGGAUGGCGUGCUGCUCCUCAACACCUGCCUCACCGUGCGCGCGGGCGACGCCGGCUCCCACUCACGCAAAGGCUGGGAGACCUUCACCGACAAGGUCGUCGACGCCGUCGACCGAUACGGCGGCGCCAAUCUCGACGAUGCGGGCGGCCGCGGUCGCGGCAUCGUCUUCCUCGCCUGGGGUGCCUGGGCUGCCAAACGCGUUUCCAAGCUCGACAAGACGAAGCACCUCAUCCUCACCAGCGCGCAUCCGUCACCGCUAAGCGCGAGCAGGGGCUUCUUGGGCAACGGCCACUUCAAAAAAGCCAACGACUGGUUGCGGGAGAAGUACGGCGACGACGGAUGCGUGCAUUGGUGCAAACUCAGCGCGCGCAGAGGGCAAGACUGAACCCACCCGUCCACGCGGACCAGAGGGGUUAUGUGAAUCGAGCCAUAUGUACCCUGUCGAUGCCCCACAGCAUUUCCUCGGUCAUUUCGGCAUCCGUCAAAAGUCGUGACUCGGUCGUCGGUCAGCCCUGGCGCCGCUGACGAAGCG